UCAUGACGUUUUGUGACGUUUACACAAAGCGCCAAAAUUUUGGCGCGACCUACUCAGGAAAACCUACGCUGUUGUGUGCUGAAAGCCUCUGAGUAGCAUAUUUGAACAGUUUCUGGUCACUGUCAGUUGUCAGCGUUACUAUUAUCUCUUUGUCAUGGGUUUACUGGAGCAGUGUGAGGAGCUCUUCAAGACCUCAAACCUGUAUGAAGUUCUGGGUGUUGUUAAAGAAGCAUCUGACUCCGAGAUCAGACGCGGAUAUUAUAAAGUCUCUCUGCAGGUUCAUCCAGAUAGAGCUCCUGGUGAUGAGUUAGCCACCACCAAGUUUCAGGUGCUGGGAAAGGUGUAUGCCGUAUUGGCUGACAAGGACCAAAGGGCAGUCUAUGAUGAACAGGGAAUAGUGGAUGAAGAGUCAGACACACUUGAUCAAGAUCGCAAUUGGGAGGAGCACUGGAGAAGAUUGUUUCCCAAGAUCACAUUGCAAGACAUCUUGGAAUUUGAAAAGCAGUAUAAAGGCUCUGAUGAAGAGGUAGAAGACUUGAAGAGGCUGUACCUACAACAUGAAGGUGACAUGGAUCUGAUCAUGGAGUCUGCGCUGUGCUGUACUUUUGAGGAUGAGCCACGUGUCAGAGAGAUACUACAGAAAGCCAUUGAUGCUGAAGAGGUGCCAGCCUACAAAGCCUUCACUCAUGAGAGUGCCAAAAAGAAGAACAACCGCAAAAGAAAGGCGGAUAAAGAGCGUAAGGAGGCAGAGGAAAUGCAGAAGGAGAUGGGCUUGAACAGUGAAGACAGCCUGGUAGCUAUGAUACAGCAAAGACAAAAGUCCAAAGAAAACGGAUUCAACUCCCUCAUCGCAGAUCUGGAGGCGAAAUAUUGCAAGAAACCAGCAGCAGGAAAGAAGGGCAAGAAAAAGUAGACAAGAUUGACCAGACCAGAUUAUUUCUACUAAAUGUUUUAGAAUUCAUUUUGUAAAAAAUAAUCAAAGGACACUUUAUAAUGAUACUGACUCUUUCUUAGCCACAAAACACCUGUUUAAGUAUGCAUAUCAAGACUAAUAACAAGUGACGUUAUUAGUGAGGUGGAUUAGUUUGAAUCAGCUUCAUGUGCUCAUGUUCAGAGCAGCUUGUG